AUGUUUCCCACUCAUGUACAACCGAAAUCAGUGCGAUACGACCGAAGAGUUUCGCAAUGCCCCGGUUACUUACUCUUCAUGGCGAAGAAAAUUGAGUUGCUGAGAUUGUCUAGCAACAUAUCUUUAUGCUUGCGGAAAAAGAAAAUCCGCAAUCGCGUUGAUAUCAGUGUUGUUAAUCUCAGCAACAGUGUCUUCAUCCACGGACUUGUGCAGCAUGAUGGUGUUUAUGGUGUUCUUACUGCAGAUGCACUUACGUUAUCAUACACUGAAAAAUCGAGGCUCAUUCAGUUGGAUCCAGUUACCUGUGCACGAUACUGUAAUUACCGUUUCAUCGAAGGAUUCAUUGCAUGCUCCUUUGCGAUUGAUCUUCAGGAUCAACAAGGACUCAGUCGCAGUCCACAUUAUCUUGAAUUUCAGUAUCACAGAUAUGCUAUUACAUGCGGCAAAUGUAAGACAGGGAAAUGCAAAUUUGGUAUACCGUUUUACCUAGUGCGCAACACCAGAAUUCUGCUACCACUGCCUGAGAACACUGACGAGCAGGAGUGUAAGUGCCUUGCAGGAGUGCUAAGGCGAAUAAAAGGUGUUUCGACCGAGAACGAAAACUUGGAGAACAUACUUUUGAUGAAUUCCUGGAAAGAUGUCAGGUCCAAUUUGGAUCUGCAGUAUGUGCUCGAUCCAUAUGCGUGUGCAUCCUAUAUCAUUGACUACAUCAGUAAGUCCGACCGAAAGGUUGGCGCAACAAUUGAAGAAAUGGUGAAGGAACUGCGCAAGCAAAACAAUACUCUGCGUGAAGUAAUACGAAAAAUCAGCAGUGUCCAUUACAACGGCGCCGAAAUUUUAGCACAGGAAGCUACAUACAAGAAAUUUUAG